ACAAAUACAACCUGCGAAGAAGAAAAAGUCGGCGCUUCGGCACGCAAAGUUGGACUCACAAAGGCUUUCAGAAGUUGCCAAAAUGGGUGAUCUGGACGAUGAUACCACUAUCUUUUCAACACUGAAAUCUUUCAAGAGCUUAAUCUCCCGUCCAGACCGCUCUUUGCUUGAGCCUGAGCCUGCUUAUGGCAGAAGUGACCUUCAGAAGCUGUACACCCAAAGAGUGGAGAUGGAAGAGGCAGCAGAACGAAUCCGCUCCCACACCAGUCUCCUACAGCUCACGCAGGAGAAGCAGCAGAUGGAGCUCAGUCACAAAAGAGCACGCAUAGAGCUGGAGAAAGAGGCUCACAUCAGCUCCAGGGACUUGCAGAGGCAAGUUGACAGGAACCAGGACUUGCUGUCAAAGAUCAGGCGUCUAGAGGAAAACGAGGAGAAAGCAGCCCAUACUCUUAAUGAACAGAUGGAAAACAACAAGGCCCUAAAGCAGAAUCUUGAGGAAUUCCACAAGCAAGCCACUGACAAGGACAACAAGCUUGAAGAGGCCAACCAGAUGAUCAGUGAACUGAAGGGUGAAUUGCGAACACUAAACCAGCAGCUACAGAUUCAGGAAUCCAAAUUCUCCACACAGAACUUGGAGAACCAGGCCUUUCAAGAACAGCUAGAGAUGCAGCGCAAGAAGUACCAGGAGGUCAGUCAAAAGUACCAGAAUUUACAAUCAUCUCAAAUGUCCAACGCAGACAGCGACCUAAAGAUAAAGGAACUGAAGAGACGUCUGGCUCUCCAGGAGCAGGACUCUAUCAUUGUAAAGAAUAUGAAGAGUGAGGUGGCAAGGAUGCCGGAGCUAGAGCGAGAGCUCAAACGUCUUCAGGAGGAGAACUCGUAUCUCAAGGAGACGCAGGAGAACAACAGUCUGCUGAAAGAGGAGACGGAGGGGUUAAGGAGAAAGCUGGGGAGAAUGGAGAAGGUGCUAGAAGAGAAGCUGAAACUGGAGCUGGAGAAAGAGAAAUUACAGCAGGAACUGCAAUCUUGGGAGAAUAUUGGUCAGACCCCAGGUCUAAACAUAAGGAAGCCAGAGGACUUGUCAAGGGAAGUGAUACAAAUUCAACAGAGAGAGCUGAAUCUUAAACAACAGAACUACACACUCACCAGCAAUAUCCGCUCUGUGGAGAGGAUUCGUGCUCAGCUACAGGCGGAGGUGUCCGAACUACGCUCCAAGACGGUGGAGGAACAGAAGAAACGAGAGAACCAGGACGCUCUGGUCCGUCGCCUACAGAAGAGAGUGCUCCUCCUUACAAAGGAGCGCGAUGGCAUGAGGGCUAUACUGGAGUCCUACGACAAUGAGCUCGCUCCCAGUGAGUACUCCCCUCAGCUUAGCCGAAGAGUUAAAGAGGCUGAGGAGAUGCUUCAGAAGGUCCAGGCUCACAAUGCUGAAAUGGAGGCUCAGCUUUCUAAAGCCCAGGAGGAUUUUGGCACCUUCAAACUGCAAGCUCAAGCGGCUGAAUUGGAACUUGAAGCUCUAAAAGAACAACAGUCUUUGGAAAGUAAGCACAAAGCAACGGAGGAGGAGAUUAACUCCCUAAGGCAGAAGAUAGAGGAGCUGGAAUCAGAACGCCAAAGACUGGAGGAACAGAACAAUAUUUUGGAGAUGAGACUGGAAAGGCACAACCUUCAGGGCGACUAUGACCCAGUCAAAACGAAAGUAGUCCACUUCCGGUUGAACCCCACCUGUGUUGCCAAGCAACAGCGUGCUGAGGAGUUGGAGCAUCUGAAAGUGGAAUGUGAACGUCUGAGGGAGCGUCUUCGGAAGAUGGAGUCAGGAGGCACUGUGACAUCUGAUGACAUCACUCUCAUUAUACCGCCUUCACAGGAAAUAUUAGAUUUGCGUAAGCAGAUGGAGAGUGCUGAGCUGAAGAACCAGCGCUUGAAAGAGGUCUUCCAGAAGAAGAUCCAGGAGUUCCGCACAGUCUGCUACGUACUGACCGGCUACCAGAUUGAUAUUACUGUUGAAAAUCAGUAUCGCCUCACAUCAGUUUACGCUGAGCGUAUGGAGGACUCGUUGCUUUUCAAGUCCAGUGGACCAGUCGGCAGUGGAAACAUGCAACUGCUAGAGACCGACUUCUCCCGCACACUGACAGAGUUGGUGGACCUGCACCUCUUCCACCAGAAGAGUAUUCCAGUUUUCCUCAGCGCUGUCACUCUUGAUCUGUUCAGCCGGCAAACUGUCGCCUGACCCUCCCGUAACCCUGUUGUCACGACUUUGGACAGAUGGCCCAAUGAAGACUCAUACACACCAUAGAGGCCAUACACAUGCACUAUCAGUAGGAGACUUUUUGGCUUUUAAACAAAAACGCACUCAUCAAAUAUGAUAAAUGUAUAUAUGCCAUAAGUCAUGGCAUUUGGGGGGGGGGGGGCUCACGUUAAUUUUUUUUUACAUGUUACAUUUUUGUGGGUUUGUUUUUUGUUGGUUUUUUUCUUCACUGAUUAAAAUUGUUUUUAAAUGUAUCCAGCUUUGUAAUUAAGAACAUCCUUUUAUCUACCACAACAAUAAUACCAGAAGAAAUUGUGCACCAGACAACUACCUAUAAAAGGCACCUAAAACAAAAUAAAACUCAAAACUGCAAACUUUUGAACUGAAGCCAUCAAACUGAAAAAUAAAGAAA